CCCAAAAAAACUGUGCACAAACAGAGACGACGCAAGACAAGUCUAGGCGAGAAAAUAAAGUGAACGGUCAGGAAAUAAACUUACCAAAGCAGCUCAAAUAAAAGAAAAAGGCGAAAAGACGCCGAGAGCAGGCUCCUGUGGACACCACAGACACAAGAUGGCCAACCGAGUGAUCAGCACUGCCUUGGUGCUCUUGGCCCUGACGCUCAAAGGAACCCGCGCCCAGCUGGACGUAUGUGGGAUGGCCCCCCUCAACAACAGGAUCGUGGGGGGAGAGGACGCCGCGGCCGGGACAUGGCCGUGGCAGGUCAGCCUUCAUCGCGGGGGGAGACAUUUCUGUGGAGGGUCUCUGAUCAACAGGGAGUGGGUCCUCACCGCGGCCCACUGCUUCCAGGGGGCUGGAGACUCCACUAUAGGCCUGGUGGUGUACCUGGGCCGGGACACCCAGCAGAGCCUCAACCCCAACGAGGAGGUCCGCAACGUGGCCCGCAUCGUCAACCACCCCGACUACGACGACACUCCCAACAACAACGACGUGUGCCUGCUGCAGCUGUCCGCCGCCGUGACCUUCACCGACUACAUCCGGCCCGUCUGCCUGGCCGCGGCGGCCUCCAGCUUCCCCGCGGGGACGGGGACCUGGGUGACGGGCUGGGGGACCAUCGGCUCGGGGGAGCCUCUGCCGGCGCCACAGAGGCUUCAGGAGGUGAUGGUUCCAGUGGUCUCCAACCAGGACUGCAGAACCACCUACAGCAUUCUCACGAGCAACAUGAUCUGUGCCGGCCUCACCGACGGAGGGAAGGACUCCUGUCAGGGGGACUCUGGUGGCCCCAUGGUUUACAAGAACGGCUCCCGCUGGGUGGAGGCCGGGGUGGUGAGCUUCGGCAUAGGCUGCGCGUUGGCCGACACGCCGGGGGUGUACGCCCGUGUGUCCGAGUACCAGGACUGGAUCAGCAGGCAGAUCUCCACCAGCCCGCCCGGCUUCAUCAUGGCCACAGUGAACCCCACCGCUGCGUCCAUUGGGGGGUCCAGCGUCUUCUCCUGCUCCGUCUCCUGCUCCAUCCCGCUCCUCUUCCUCCUCCUGCCUGUGCUGUUCUCUCUCUUCCUCUUCUCGUAGACACAGACUCUACACACAAACUCCGUCUUAGUUUGAAGACUCUUACUUCAAACUAAGACACGUUGAUUAAUUUGGUAAACCAGCGUGAAUCAGUUUGUUUUCUCAGGACGGACAAAGGGUGGUGGGCGGAAGCUGUGAAGAUCCAACACUAUUGAUGCUUUAGACAAGAUCUGUGUGGCUGUGGUUUAAUGAAGGACAUUCAAAGUAUGAUUUAGACUGUAAAAACUCCGGCUCAGUGAAUGAAUGAAUAAUGUGCUUGAUAUUUUCCUUGAUAAAAAUGAAAUUUGUAUUUAUCUUUUAAUUAUAUUUGCAACAGAUUAUUAUUAUACUUGCAAAAAAUAAAUAAAGUGAAGGAACAAGUUAUGGUGUUUAAAGUUUGUGAAAAGAUCAUAAAUUCUACCCAAAAUGCUGCCUAUGUAUAGAUCACUGAUUCAUUCUAAGUCUGUCCACUCUUUUCCUUUAUAUUUAAUAUGGAUGAAAUACACAAAAUAUUGAAAUAUCACAAAAUAAGAAAGCCAAAAUCUUAUCAAAUAGCAAAGUUGUAUAUGUUUCAAAGGAAAUCAUCUUUCCACAAAAAUGUUAACCGAUUUUAAAAAUUUUGCACGUAUGCUUGAUAUAUGACCUAAAUCUACUUUAUAUGCCUGGUUGAACUUUGAAAAUGUGUCAAAAGGUUAUUUUUAAUUAAAUAUAUUUGAUCAAU